GCGCGCUGGGGAGGGCCGUGGCGCGCGGGACUACAAGCCCCAGCAGGCUGCUAGCCAAGCCCGUCCUCAGGCGCUGCUUGCCCGCCCCCCCGGCGGAGCCUUGGCCGGCAGCUUGUGUACGUGGGAACCCAGGACGGGCUGCCAGGGACGUGGGAGGCGGCGGCGUUGGCGAGGGGCAUGGUGGCCUGAGCGCAGCAAGAGCACCAGCCCCCAAAAUGUGGCUCACGCCGGAGGAGGUGCUGCUGAAGAACGCGCUCAAGCUGUGGGCGCUGGAGCGCUCCAACGAGUACUUCGUGCUGCAGAGGCGGCGAGGCUAUGGGGAGGAAGGCGGCGGCGGCGGGGGGCUGGCAGGUCUCCUGGUGGGAACGCUGGAUGCCGUCUUGGAUUCCACGUCAAAAGUUGCCCCUUUCCGGAUUCUGCACCAGACGCCUGAUUCCCAAGUCUACUGGUCCAUCGCAUGUGGAGCCAGUAGAGAAGAAAUCACGGAGCACUGGGAGUGGCUGGAACAAAACGUCAUGAAGACCCUGUCUGUGUUUGACUCCAGUGAGGACAUCACUAGUUUUGUGCAGGGGAAAAUAAGGGGCUUGAUUGCCGAGGAAGGUAAAGGCUCUUUAAUAAAAGAAGAGGACCCAGAGAAAUUCCGAGAGGCACAUCUGAAGUUUGAGAAGUGCUUUGGCUUAGCUCAGCAGGAGAAGCUGGUGACGUAUUACUCCUGCAGCUACUGGAGAGGCCGGGUUCCCUGCCAGGGGUGGCUGUACCUAAGCACCAACUUCCUUAGCUUUUACUCCUUUCUCCUGGGAGCUGAAGUGAAACUCAUUCUAUCCUGGGAUGAGAUCUCAAAACUUGAAAAGACGUCCAACGUAAUCCUGACGGAAAGUAUUCACGUCUGUGCCCACGGAGAAGAUCACUACUUUUCCAUGUUUAUGCACAUCAGUGAAACCUUCCUCCUGAUGGAGCAGCUGGCCCUCUUUGCUGUCCGCAGACUCUUUGACAAGGAGACAUUUGAAAGCGAUCCCAUUCUCCAUGACCCUCUGCAAAUCACUAAGAGAGGCCUUGAGAGCCGAGCGCACAGUGAGCAGUUUAACGCCUUCUUCAGGCUGCCCAGAGAGGAGUCCUUGAGGGAGGUCCACGAAUGUUUCUUAUGGGUGCCUUUCAGUCACUACAAUACCCUGGGGAAAAUGUGCAUCUCCGAUAACUACAUCUGCUUUGCCAGCCAGGAUGGCUCCCUCUGCUGUGUCGUCAUCCCUCAGAGAGAGGUUGUAGCAGCUGAGAUGGCCGACCCUGCUAGCAAAGUGGUCAGCCUCAGCACCAAAGGAAACAGAAUCUUCCGUUUCUCAGAAGUGAGGGAUUUUGAGCAGCUGGUGAUGAAGCUUCGGAGCAAAUGCGAUGCAAUGGUGAUGUCCCAUCAUGCUUUGAGUGCAGAGGUUGCUGCUGGCCCAUCCUUGGACUCGCCCUUGGAUGACUAUGAGGGGAAGCCAAUGGCCAGCCAUAAAGGCAGCAGCCAGACUGUGAGCACGGAAGCUCUCAUGACAGUCUUUCACCCUCAGGAUGUGGAGAAUCUGGAUGCUAAAAUGUUAAAAGAGAAAAUGAAAGAGCAGUCCUGGAAUAUCCUGUUCAUAGAAUGCGGCCGUGGCGUCAGUAUGUUUCGGACAAGGAAAACACGAGACCUGAUUGUCAGAGGGAUCCCAGAAGUGUUGAGGGGGGAGCUCUGGUUGCUGUUCUCAGGCGCUGUAAACGACAUGGCAGUCAACCCUGGUUACUACAGUGAGCUGGUUGAGAAGUCCUUGGGGACGUGCACUUUGGCGACAGACGAAAUUGAACGGGACCUGCGUCGCUCCCUGCCCGAACACCCAGCCUUCCAGAGCGACACGGGCAUUUCUGCCUUGAGGAGGGUACUCACAGCAUAUGCCUACCGGAAUCCCAAGAUUGGAUAUUGUCAGGCAAUGAAUAUUCUGACAUCGGUGCUGCUGCUUUAUGCCAAAGAGGAAGAAGCUUUCUGGCUCUUGGUCGCUGUGUGCGAAAGGAUGUUACCCGAUUAUUUCAAUCGUCGAAUCAUUGGUGCCUUGGUAGACCAGGCGGUGUUCGAGGAGCUCAUCCGAGACUACCUGCCUCAGCUGACGGAGCACACGACCGACAUGACGUUCUUCUCGUCAGUCUCCCUCUCCUGGUUCCUCACCCUCUUCAUCAGCGUGCUGCCCAUCGAAAGCGCCGUCAACGUGGUGGACUGUUUCUUCUACGACGGGAUCAAGGCGAUCCUGCAGCUGGGCCUGGCGGUGCUGGACUACAACAUGGACCGACUACUGGCUUGUAAGGAUGAUGCUGAGGCUGUGACAGUCCUCAACAGGUUUUUCGACAGCGUUGCCAACAAGGACAGUCCGCUACCUCCAGCGGUGCAGCAGGCGUCCGGUGCGAACGAAUCCAGGAGCCAGCAUCGCAAAGUGGACAUCACCGACCUGAUUCGGGAGUCAAAUGAGAAAUAUGGUGAAAUCCGCUUUGAAGAUGUGGAGAGCAUGCGGCGGCGUAACAGGCUGUAUGUCAUCCAGACCCUGGAAACCACAACGAAGCAAAAUGUGCUGCGUGUCAUUUCUCAGGACGUGAAAAUCAGUCCUCAUGACCUGGAAGAGCUUUAUGAAUUAUACAAGAAGGAGCACUUUCUUUCUUGUUACUGGAGUGUCAACAGCCCAGCCCUGAAGCACCACGACCCCAGCCUGCCUUACCUGGAUCAGUAUCGCAUAGACUGCCAACAGUUCCGGGUCCUCUAUCAUCUCCUGAGCCCAUGGGCGCACUGCGCAAACAGGGACUCCCUCGCACUGUGGACGUUCCGGUUGCUGGACGAGAAUUUAGAUGGCCUUAUCAACUUCAAAGAAUUUGCCUGCGCUCUUGAUGUUAUGUAUUAUGGAAGCUUUACCCAUAAGCUGAAAUUCCUCUUCAAGCUGCACAUACCUCCUGCUUUCACGGAAGUGGAAUCCCUCAGCCCUUCCAAAGGUGCUCAUCUAUCAAAGGAAGAGUUAAUCUACUUUAGUCAGCUAAAUGUUUCCUCUGCUGGGGACAGUGAGGUCUCGGAUGCUUCGAAGAGGAGCCCUGACAAAGGGAAAGGAAAAGUGGAUAUCCAGGCCUAUUUGAAACAGUGGCAAGAUGAGCUGCUUAAGAAGGAAGAAAACAUUAAGGAUUUGCCCCGGAUGGACCAGUUCCAAUUCAUCCAGUUUUCAAAGACUUUGUAUAACUUGUUCCACGGGGACCCCGAAGAGGAGCUCCUGUACCGUGCCAUUGCCACCGUCACGACCCUUCUGCUGAAGAUGGAAGAGGUGGGACGCCGGCUGCAGAGCCCCACUUCCCCUGUCAAAAGUGUGGCCCCUCCUGCUGCUGACUUUGGUGCAGGAAACGACAGCAAACCCCAGGAAGCCCCAGCACCCCAACGGACUGUCAACACGGGACCCCCGAGCCCGAGCAAAGCGAGCGGCGAAUGGUCGUUUGCUUUCGAACAGAUUCUGGCGUCUCUACUCAACGAACCUGCUUUGGUGAGGUUUUUUGAGAAGCCGGUAGAUGUCCAGGCCAAGCUAGAAAAGGCUAAAGCGUCUCAGUUAAAAGCACGAGCUCGUGUAUAGCACUCGGCCAAGGUGUGCUUCUCUCUUUGCUCUGUUCAGAGGUGCUCAGAACGGGCAAGGCCAUGUUUGAGCUCGGGGCAUUGAGUUCGUCAGGAGUUGGGGGGUGAGAAAUUGAGCUCAUUUCCCCUGUGUGCUGAGGUGUGCGCGCGUGUGUAUCGCUUUGUUUUGCAAAGUUAAAUAAGUAUAGCUUGAAGCACAACACCUAAUCUUUGCAUUAUCAAACUAUUUUAGUACACUAGGACUUAAAACCACUUCAGCAAAUACAUGCCAACUUGGGAGGAAAAUGCUUAGGCUGGCCUAUAGAGGCCACAGCUGUGGAAUAUUAGAGGCUCUCGUUUUGUUGAGCUGCUCCUUUUGGGUCUUUUCCCCUCAAACUGAAUGCAGCGUCGGCCACCUUCCUUUAAAUGUGGCACUGGCGUCUUGUUGAAAGGUUGGUUAGAUUUUGAAACAAUCACUACUUAAACUUUGAAUGUAGGUUUGCUUACUGCUUUAGGAGAGGAGAUGGUUCUUGGAGAACAUUGUGGUGUGUCUGUAAACAGGACUGUUUCUGAUAUCUAUUUUUAAAAAAGAUUGUGGCUAGCAGAGCUAGUUUUGGGAAUGUUCUAAAGAACUAGCACCCUGAUUCUCUUUUUCUCCCAUCAGUGAGGUCCCCUUUGACCCUGAAUCCUGGAAUUUCUUGAAGGGCAUCCCUACCCUGACCCACCCCAAUUUGGCCUGUCUUUAUCUGAGCAGCUUUUUGUUCAAACUUUUAUGGUUCUUUCACCAUGUUAGUCUACUUGGGUUCCACUCACAUGUGACCUUGGUAAUAGCACGGGAGCUGCUAAGCUGUGGCGUCUUCCCAAACUAUCUUCAUAACACGUGGAGGAGGGAACUUUGUUAGCAGGGCUCUUUUGUGCAUGAUCUUCAUCUAGGGUUGGAAAGGAACUCUGGCAUUCACCCUGGCUCCUUCAUACAGCUCUUAUUGGGUUACAGCAUGGCAGGUUGGUGAUAAUGUGUGAAUUGGGCUUCAGAUCAGGGUCUUUAGAGGUGGUUGGUUGGACUACAAUUCCCAUCAUUCCCCAAAAGGCCAAUGGCUGUUGUGGCUGAGGAUGAUGGAUUAUAGUCUAACAUCAUCUGGGAAGCCAAGGUUGGGAAAUCCCUACUUUAGAUUAUCAAGUUCCUUUUUGCGGUAGAAACAAGCCAUCCAUCAGAGCAUAUAAUCUGGUAGUUUGGAAAGGCAAAAUGAAUGAUGCAUUUAGAAUUUUUGUAAGCAAAGUUGUACACAGUUUUGGGGGACUGUUUUCCUACCAAUGUCCAAAAACCAUCCACAGGUUUCAGCAGCGAGAGUCAAGUCAGUUUCUAGAUAACACUUGUAUGAUAUUUCACUUUAAUGAUUGAUUCACCAGGGCUUUUUGGAGCCGGUGGUUCUGGGUCCUUUGCUCUUGCCCUUCAUUGACACGUUGAUAAAAUGUCACUAUGUGUAUAGGAAUGCUAAAGUUGACUUUGCUUGCCCUCCCAACAACUUUUGCUACUCCUGUGGAGUUACCCCAAAUAAGUGGAAUUCGCUGUUUUUGUUUAAAAAGACCACCCCAACUUAAUGGUGCAGGAGAACAUUCCUAGAGGGGAAAAAGCAGAAAUUCAGAUUUAACUCCGAACUAAUCUUAUAGCAUAUGAUUAACAUUUACUGGGUGCUCAGAAGGCUUGCCCGUUUCAGUCCUCUCUGUAUCAGUGAAAGCCUCAGGUGUGCAAAUCCUAGUGACUUCAAGAGAGACGGUGCCAUGGAUGGUCUGGGCACAUCACGCAAAAGCGAUCCAUGUACCAAGGAAACAGUAAUUCUGUACCGGGGUUCUUGGGACCAAUCCUAAUUGCAGAAUGGCCUGUCUAUGUACACAAUGUAUUUCUGAUUAUACUUCAGAAUUCUCUUAUCAUUGAAGUUCUUUAUCUUUCUUAACUAUGGAGGGGUGUAUGUGCGUGCAUGUGCAGUUAAUUUAUUGUUUUGUAAGCACUGGAAAUGUGCAGGCUUGACUGGGUGCAAAAAUUCUCACCCGGCAAAAUUAGCUAGUGUUGAUGUGCAAAAGUAAAUGUUUGCUAGCAAUUCAGUAUUUGCUAAUAUGUAAAGGAGGAGUGAUCCUUGCAGCCGCAGAAUGGAAAGUGUGGCUGUAAUUCGCAGCUUAACAGGCAAGGAGGAAAAUGGGCCACAGUGUGCUCAUCACCUGCUGGGAUUUUGACCAGUAAUCCUGCACAGAGUUUAAGCUUAAUUUGGGAGCUAGCCAGCUGGGAACCAGUUCGCAAAAUCAGGGUGUUCCGAGAGAUUCUGUGCUUCAAGGCCUCUGCUGGGAGGAAGGCAUGUAAACGAACCCAGACGAGAAAAGCAUACAUUUCCUUUUGAAACUGCGAGGUUCCUGUUUGCAAAAGUUGAAGUGACAGCCCAUACGCUGUGCGUCAGUGCUGUGCAUCUUAAAAAUGGAAAGGGGAGAAUACUUACUUGACAGAUGCAGCAUAUGGUCCUGUGUGUCUUUCUCAUCCUCUCUGGCUUGUUUCAGGCACUCUCAGCAGCUUGGGGAAGUGCAAGAUAGGCUCCAGUGCUCUUCUGUGCUAUGGAGCUGGGCUGGGAACCGUCUCCCCUCCUUGCUUCCCCAGCUCCACUGAGCUGGCUCUUGUUCUGGUGAACCACUGGACAUCCCAGGAACGACAUCCCACCCUGCCGGGUUCCCCACUUGGAACUGGGAAGGGGAGCAGGGGGCUAUCCCUGAUCUUGCGUUGGGCUUUGGAAGUCUGACGAGGGCACUCCCAGCCCCAUUGUGGGGGUGUCUAACUUUUCCUCCCCCUCACAGUCCCAAUUCAGCUCAUCCCCACCCCCACAGCUAUUCGAAAACAAAAUUUAAACAAACUGGGGCAAAUGCCAUGUUGAAUGCAAUGACCGUUUGGCCCUUUUAUAAGGUUCCAGUGAUGGCAUUGGUGUUGCUUUUCCAAGGAUAUGAAGAUAAGACCCUCUGCACACCCAUAUCCAGUUGUUUCCCAAGGCUGUGUUUACGGCUGGAAUUAAGUCUUUCGUUAAGGUGCUCCAGGAAGCCACAGGCGGCCUGGUCUGGGAAUUGCAAGCAGUUGUCAUGAAUUCACUUCUGGUUGCCUUCAUGGGAAACCUGACACCAAGCCUGAUAUGUGCAUGUGGAGCAGAAUGAGGUGUGUGCUGAUCUGUUCCGCUUCAGACAACAGGUAGGGGAGAAAUACUGUAUUCAGAAACUUUUUUUUUUAAACACCCAGCAAAUAGUCAUUACAGCAGAGAAAGGAAAAUAUGCAAAGCCUGGGUGUGUGUUUGUUUUUAAUUUUGCGUGCAGAGAUGUUUACCCUUUAUUAUGUGGGAGAACUUUAAAUAUAUCUUCUUCCUGCAGUCCUGAAGCUCUACAGUCCAAUCUAGCAGCUCCUCCGUGUUUUUGGAAACAUUUUCUGCCCAGGAUCUGUGGUCGCACUGAUGCAGUAUCCCCUUUCCCUUCCGAAAGCAGAGAUUUCCCCCAAUACGAAGGACAAAAAGAUCCUUCUCUAAAUGAUGUUGGGGUGAGAGGAAAAGACAUUCCAUGGAGGUAUUUUGAUGAACACUUGCACAUUGGUGGGCACUAGUUUCCAGAGGAGCUUGAUGUUGUCUCUGUGUCUGAAUGGUGGGAUGCCUGUGGUUGUGCCGCUUUGCUUUGUCUUCAGGGGCUUGCAUGAUGGCGUGCUUCCCUUGGUAGUUCCCAACAGAUUCGCCCCUCCCUGCUCUUGGUGCUUUGUUCUUCCCUUGGUUCAGCUGCACAGAACACAGAGCAGCUCGGAUCCUUGGUUAAGUAGUAAAGAAUAAGGUCACCUGGCAAGUAAGCUAGAGGUGUGUGUGCUUGUGUGUAUAUAGAAGAUUGGCUUGAUCAGGGAUUCUCAACGUUGAGUCCCCAGAUGUUAUGGGACUUCAGCUUCCCCAGUGGCCUUUGGCUGGGGAUUAUGGGAAUUGAAGUCCAAUAACAUUUGGGGACCCAAUGUUGAGAAUCCCUGGGCUUGAUCACCUGUUGAUCAAUUCAAAGCAAGCUGCUGGGCCUGAAAUUGUCAAAUGCAAGAAUCCACACAGAGUUCUAAAAGUACUUCUGUGCAUUCUAGGAAGGCUUGCAAAAAAAAAAAUUUUUUUAAACCCAUUAAGUAUCUAAAUGGGAUGCAUAUGCAAUCAUCUGUUCCCUGUGGCCACACCCAAAAAGUCAAUUUUAAAGAGGUAGCUUCCGCAUUGUGUGGGAAGGAAAGCUAGAUGGUGCCUUCAGAGCUGAUCCUAUUGGGAUUUCGCCAAAAGUGGAGGGGGAAGCAUCAGGUGACUCCACCCUAGGUCACAUGACCAAGGACACACUUCCACUCAGCGAGAUUGUUCAUUGCUCUUACACACAGCUGUAUCCAUGCCACUUAAAGCGUUUGGUUUUUAUAAUGAUACAGCUGCCCAUGUUGCAACUGUAAUUACUUAGGGAAAACAUAUCUAUAUUUAUCUACCUUAUUUAAAAUGCCUCAUUCAGGUUGUCUUAUUGAAGUUAUAAAAUGGUUAUAUAUAAAAAAUUAAAAAUAAAUGGAUGUUCUUUGGCUUCUAAGAAAAAUUCCUAAAUAGGGUUAUUUUGGUUUGGUUUUUCCGGAGGAGCACAGGACAUAGAACUGUUUUCUCCUCUUCUUGCUACGAAGGAAGCAAAAGGUUCUCUAUGUACAGGCGCUUUUGUCUUUUUGAUAAGCUGUUCUGUAUUCCACAAAUGCACUGUGUUUUUCCACCGAUCAAUAAACUAUGCCUCACCGCUGGGCAGGGGCGAAUCAGACAGAAGGUGCCUUUUCAUGAUGGGAGUGCCCAAGGUGGGAUUUUCAGUGGUGCUCAAGGGGUCUGAGGGGGCGGUUUAGGUCGGUUCCUGUGCUUACUUGGCUGAUGCCUGUGUCAUAUAGGAAGAGGCACUAGGAUUGCCAGCCAAUUGGGAGAGAAGCAACCUAGCUGAUUUUUUAAAAAUUGGGGUCUUGUGCUAGAAAAACAAGAGCCUGGGCCCUUUUGCACUACUUUUUAAAAAGCUGUGAAUUAUCUGGUUUUAGGUUGAGGUCUGUCUCCCAGACUUACUGGUUGGCAAGCUGACUAAAUUUACUAGAAAUCCUAUUGAAAUUUAGUGGUUCUUUGGACUACUCCCUGGUCAUUGUAAUAAUAUUCAGAAAAUUUGGUUCAAAUCUGUUAGCCUACAUGCACGUCAAAGGUUUACCCAUCUGCCAUCUUGACAUAAUCACAAACUAGGCCAUUGGGAUGUCUCUAUGUGUCUCUACAACUAUACCAAAUUUGGCUCAUAUUGGUCCAAGCGUUGCAAAGUUGAUAGGGAUAGACACACACAAUGCUAGGUGUUCCCAUAAGCGUACUUUUUGUAAGGUAAAUAGACAAAUAACUAGCAGCCACCCAGUAAGAGUUCUUAAAAGUACAGUUUUAUUUUUCAUCCAAAAUACUAUGUACAAAUCUGUUAAAGCAUAUGGAGAUACACUGGUUCUUGCCCAGCAGAGCUUCACAAGGGGGUAAGCAUCCUAGACAAGAAUUUAUUUUGUCCCCAUAAGACACUUUCUCACCACCCCCCGCCCAUUUUACAAAAUAUUUUAUGAAUAGUAACAUUUAUAAAUUGAUCUAUAUUUAACAUCAUAUAAAAUAAACUAAAUAUUCAGCUCUAA